AUGAGUGAGAGAGACGGUGCUGGCAGUGGUGGAAGCCUGUUUUGGCUGCAAUCGUGGCUCGACAGGAGUGGGCGGGUGCCGUUUCUGGCCAUCUUCGCCUGGCGGCUCGUGAACGCAUUCACGAUCAACACGUUCUUCCAGGCAGACGAGUACUGGCAGGCGUUGGAGCCAGCUCAUCGUGCCGUUUUUGGAUACGGCUAUCUCACGUGGGAGUGGCAGCACGGUCUGAGGUCUUACCUGCACCCGGUGAUGUACAUGUUCCCUUACUGGGUAGUGAAGCGGCUCGGCGACGAGUAUUGGUACGUGUUGGCGGCGCCGAAGGUCGUCAAUGCGCUCGUCGCCGCCGUCGGUGACUACUACCUGUACGACCUCGUGCAGAGGCGUUCUGGAAGCACCCGGCUGGCGAAGCUGGUUUCCCUCCUCAGUCUCUUCUCUGCGUGGAACUGGUACUGCUGGUGCCGGUCGUUCGCCAACUCGCUCGAGUUGACUCUCACGAUCGUCGCUCUGUACCAGUUCCAGUCAGAGGCGUACGUGAGGUGUCUCACGGUGGCAGCGUUCACAUGCCUCAUCCGACCCACCAAUGCCAUAAUCUGGCUCUAUUCCCUCCCGGCGGUCUUCUGGCAGCAACCUCGCCUCAUCGCCGUCUCUGCCGUGAUCGGUGUGGCAGUGCUUUCUCUCGACGCCGGCAUCAACUAUUGGUUCUACUCAGGACUCCACGUGCCGCUCUGGAGCUUCUUCAAGUUCAACGUCACAGACUCUUUGUCGUCCUUCUACGGCGUGUCCCGCAUCGACUUCUAUUUCCUCCAGGCGAUUCCAGUCCUGCUGCUCAACUACCUUCCUUUCUUCCUCUACGGGCUGCUUCGAUCUCCGUGGUCGCACCUCAAGGGUCUCCUCUUCUGCUACCUGUUUGCCUUCACAGCAAUACCCCACAAAGAGUUCCGCUUCAUCUUCCCGAUGAUGCCUAUCCUCUUGACGUAUUCCGCGUCCGGCGUGUUGAGCCUCUCUGCCAAAAUCUCCCCAACAAGGAUGAAACAGGUGCUCGGACUCACAGUCUCCGCUUCUAUUCUCCUCGCAUACUACUUCACGCAGUACCAUGAAGUCGGCGAGUUGCAGAUCCCUACACUGAUACGGAACAGGAUCACCUCUUCGAAACCCCAUCCCCGCCCUGUGAGCGUCGGAUUUCUAACGCCGUGCCAUUCAACCCCGUUUCAGUCGCAUUUCCACCUCCCGGAGAAUGAGGCAGAGCUCUGGUUUUUGACGUGUGAACCCCCAUUGGCUCACAAUGUGCUUUCCGGAACGACUGUCGAGUCGUACAUGGAUGAGUCUGACUAUUUUUACUCCAAUCCCCGGCUUUUCCUUGAGACAAACUUCCCCGCUAUUAUGGCACUUGAUGCAGUUCCUGCGCAGGGUGCCCAAUGGCCACACAGAUGGCCGGAAUACAUAGUCAUGUUCGGGAAUCUAUGGGACAACAGCGAUGCUAAGGUGCAAGACCUUUUAGGUAAGCACUACACUGUCGUAGAAAGAGUGUGGAAUACUCCGGGCCAUUGGGAUGGACGGAGAGAGGGUGAUAUUCUGCUACUGCAACUAUCAGCAGUAUCGCAUUAA